AUGCUCUUGAAGGGCUCUAUGAAUGAAUCUGGCAGCGAUUCAAUGAGUGAAAAAGGAGAGAAAAGUGAUUCUAGUGGUUCAGGUUCAGGAAGUGAGAGUGACAGUGGUUCAAGUUCCUCUGGGUCGGGGUCAGCAGGCAGGUCAGGAUCAGAGAAGUCUUCAAAUGUUGAUAGAUCCCAUCUAAGUGAUGAUACAAAAUCUCCAAAACAUAGUAAUGCUAAUUCUUCAAAAUCUGAUCACCAAACAGAUAAAGAUUCUUCUGAUGACUCAAUCACAAAGCGUAAAUCUAGAAAUCAUCAUGGUAAAGUCAAAUCAGACCUCUGGGAAGAUAACCCUGACAUGUUUGGUAUUAGAAGAUCAGGACGUUCAAGAAAAGAGCCAGACAGACUUAAGCUUGCUGAUAGUGAUUCUAGUGAAAAAGGAAGAAGUCACAAUAGAAAAAGUAGAAAAAAGAGUAACUCUUGGAAUUCAGAUACCUCAGAUAGUGAUAGUGAUUUAAAAGGUUCCCCACCUCCACCGUCAAAACGACCAGGCCAAAGAAGUGUACCUUUAAGAAAAAAGAAACCUUCAAGACGAAGAAGAUUUACAAGUGAUGAAGAUGAAAGUUCGGAGGCUUCAGAUGAAGAAACUAGGAGUCGAACAGCUACGCGGCGAACGGGAGCUGCAGUAAGCUAUAAGGAGGCCAGUGAUGAACAAACCGAUUCUUCAGAUUUAGUAGAUGGAGUUGAUGGUGAGGGCGAAGCUGAGCCAGAGCCAGAAGACCACAGUGAGACUAUUGAAAGGGUUCUUGGCAUCAGAAGAGGGAAGAAAGGAGUCACUGGAAAUGUGACUACAGUUUAUUAUAUCGAAGAGCAUGGAGAUCCUAAUGAAGGUUGUGAUCCUAAUGAUGAAGAAGCAACCGAACCGCAGUACCUGAUUAAAUGGAAAGGAUGGUCCCACAUCCAUAAUACUUGGGAGUCUGAGAAGUCACUCAAUGAACAAAAAGUUAAAGGCUUAAAAAAAUUGGAAAACUAUAUUAAAAAAGAGGCCGAUUUGUCCUGGUGGAGGCAACAAGCUGGCCCUGAGGAUAUAGAUUAUUUCGAAUGUCAAUCUGAAUUACAGCAGGAAUUAGUCAAAACCUACAAUAAUGUGGAAAGGAUAAUAGCUGAACAAACACGGGAAUUGGAAGGUGGUGGAACUGCUCAUGAAUACUUCUGCAAAUGGGAAUCGUUGCCAUAUGCAGAUGCGACAUGGGAAGACUCCUCACUUAUUGAAAAAAGAUGGCCGGUGGAAGUUGAACAUUUUAAAAGCAGGGAGGCUGCGAAAACGACACCUUCCAGACAUUGCCCUGCUUUAAAAAGGCGGCCCAAAUUUCACCAAGUUAAGGAGCAGCCUGAAUAUCUGGGCAAAGAUCAGACCUUUAUAUUACGAGAUUAUCAAAUGGAUGGAUUAAAUUGGUUAAUACAUUCCUGGUGUAAAGACAAUUCUGUUAUACUUGCUGAUGAAAUGGGUUUAGGGAAAACUAUACAGACAAUAAGUUUCCUAUAUUAUCUUUUCAAAUCACAACAACUAUAUGGACCUUUUCUUUGCGUGGUACCACUUAGUACGAUGACGGCAUGGCAAAGGGAGUUCGUGCAAUGGGCGCCUGAUAUUAACGUAGUCACGUAUAUUGGCGAUGUAACUAGCAGAAAUAUUAUCAGACAAUUUGAAUGGAGUUUUGCUACUUCAAAAAGACUAAAAUUUAAUGCAAUACUAACAACUUAUGAGAUUUUAUUGAAAGAUAGACAAUUUCUAAGAUCUUUCAGCUGGGCCUGUCUACUAGUUGACGAAGCUCACAGAUUAAAGAAUGAUGAUUCUCUUCUGUACAAAGCCCUUAAAGAGUUCGAUACAAAUCAUAGGCUACUUGUUACUGGUACACCAUUACAAAACUCGCUUAAGGAGCUAUGGGCACUUCUACAUUUUAUAAUGCCUUACAAAUUUGAAUCAUGGGAGGAAUUUGAAAAGGAUCAUGAAGAUGCAGCAACUAAAGGAUAUGAAAAAUUACAUAAACAGCUGGAACCCUUCAUAUUGAGGAGGCAAAAGAAAGAUGUAGAGAAAUCUCUACCAGCUAAAGUAGAGCAGAUUUUAAGGGUGGAAAUGACCUCAAUUCAAAAGCAAUACUACAAGUGGAUUCUUACAAAAAAUUAUAGUGCCUUGCGAAAGGGUGUGAAAGGAUCUAUUAAUACAUUUAUUAAUAUUGUUAUUGAACUGAAAAAAUGUUGUAAUCACGCACUUUUAACGAAACCUGAGGACUUCGAAUCUCGAGCGUCACUGGCUACCACUGAUGCUGUUGAGAAACUUCUAAGAGGCUCUGGGAAAUUACUACUUUUAGACAAAUUGUUAUGUAGAUUAAAAGAAACGGGACAUAGAGUGCUUAUAUUUUCUCAAAUGGUCAGAAUGUUGGAUAUAUUAGCUGAGUAUUUGCAAAGGAGGCAUUUUCCGUUUCAACGGCUUGAUGGAAGUAUAAAGGGAGAAAUACGGAAGCAGGCUUUGGACCAUUUCAAUGCAGAAGGAUCUACAGAUUUUUGCUUCUUGUUAUCUACGCGCGCUGGAGGUCUCGGUAUAAACUUGGCAACAGCUGAUACUGUGAUAAUUUUUGAUUCAGAUUGGAACCCUCAAAAUGAUUUGCAAGCACAAGCUCGCGCUCAUCGUAUAGGGCAAAAGAAUCAGGUCAAUAUUUAUAGACUGGUUACUGCUAGAUCAGUAGAAGAAGAUAUAGUAGAGAGGGCCAAAAGAAAGAUGGUUCUGGACCACCUUGUAAUCCAGCGUAUGGACACGACGGGGCGGACUGUACUCAACAAGCGAGACGGAUCAGGCACAAGUGCAAAUAAUCCAUUCAAUAAAGAAGACUUAAAUGCAAUAUUAAAGUUUGGUGCUGAAGAACUUUUUAAAGAUGAUGAAGAAAAUGAUGAGGAACCUGUCUGUGAUAUUGAUGAAAUUUUACAAAGAGCAGAAACAAGAGAUGAAGGCCCCUCAAUGGCUGGAGAUGAGCUACUUUCUGCUUUCAAAGUUGCAAGUUUUGCAUUUGAUGAAGAAAAAGCUGUCAUGGAAGUAAAAAAAGAAGGAGUUGAAGAGGAAGGAAAGGACUGGGAUGAUAUAAUACCUGAAAAUGUAAAGAAGGCAAUAGCUGAGCAGGAGAAAAAUAAAGAAAUGGAAGAUUUGUACUUGCCACCACGAAGAAAGAAUAUGCAGCAGAACAAUGCUGAUGAAAGUGGUAGAAAGCGUCGCGGUCGCGGCACCAGCGUGGGCGCGGACGGCGCGGACGGCGAGGGCGACGCGGAGAGCGACGGUUCCGACGCGGACAUGAGCGCGGACGACGACCGCCCGCGCAAGAGGGGCCGCCCGCCCGCCUCGCACAGGGAGAAGAUUAAGGGAUUCACUGAUCAAGAAAUCCGGAGAUUUGUUAAGAGUUACAAGAAGUUCUCUGCUCCUUUAAAACAUCUCGAUAGUAUUGCAUGUGAUGCUGAACUCCAAGAAAAACCAUUGGCUGAUCUCAAGAAAUUGGGUGAAAUUCUACAAGAAAGAUGUAAAACUGUGUUGAAUGACACUUCUGAAACUCACAAUGAACCAAAUGAUGGUCGUAAAAAUGCGAGAAAAACCUUUAAACUUGGUGGCGUGCCUGUGAAUGCCAAAACGAUGGCAGCAUGUCAGGAUGAGCUUGCACCGUUAGAUGAAUUCUUACCACAAACUAAAGAAGAAAGACUAAAAUGGCAACUAGACUUUAGGACAAGGCCUGCUAAUUUCGAUGUCGAGUGGGGAGUAGAAGACGACUCGAAAUUGCUAGCUGGCAUUUACCAAUACGGCAUGGGGUCAUGGGAGGCUAUUAAAAUGGAUUCGUCAUUUGGUAUUGGCGACAAGAUCCUUACUAACGAAGAUAAAAAACCACAAGCUAAGCAUUUGCAAUCGAGAGCAGAAUAUUUACUAAAACUUAUAAAAAAAUUGUUGGAUCAGAAAAAUGGUAAACAAAAACAACGUAAGCCUAGAAUGAAGAAGGGAGCUAAGGAACCAGUAACAAAGGAUAUUGUGGAAGAUGAUAUGACUUCUGGAGACGAUAAGAAGAAACAUCUAAAGAAUGAUAAGGGCAAAUCAAAAUUGGAAGAUGUUUUAACGCAUGAUGAAACAUCUAAUGAUAGAAAGGAAAAAGACAAGAAGCGCACAAAGAAAGAGGGCAAAGAUCGACCCAAAAAUGAUAAAGUAAAGGGACGUAAAAAGCCUGCUGGUCCCAUGCAUUUUACUGCUAACAAUGAGCCCAGAGCAUUAGAAGUUUUAGGGGAUUUAGAUCCCUCUGUAUUUGAAGAGUGUAAAGAAAAGAUGAGACCUGUUAAAAAAGCACUUAGAGCCCUGGACAAUCCUGAUCAAACUCUGUCAGAAUCUGAACAAGUGUCGAAAACGAGAGCUUGCCUUACUCAAAUAGGAAAUCAAAUAGAUAUUUGUUUGUCGGAAUAUCCUGACGCCGAAAAGAAAGUUGAAUGGAGGAGUAAUCUCUGGUAUUUUGUGUCAAAAUUCACGAAUUUCGAUGCCAAGCAGUUGUAUAGGUUAUAUAAAUAUGGCCUUAAGAAAAAUGUAGAAAAUAAGAGGGAUGGAAAACAUAAAGAAAAUAAAUCAAAUUUGAAGAAUAAUAUAAACAAUUCAAAUAAUCAUGUAAAAUCACAUAAAAAAGAGUCAAAACACGAUGAUAAUGAUCGGAAAGAGAAAAGGCCAAAGGUGGAUAAGGACAAAUUAGAUAAAAGCAAUGAGAAGACACCUCAUGCAUCUGGGGUUAAGAGAAAGUUAGAGGAAGGCGAAUGUGACCCUGAACCCAAUGAAAACAAAAGACAUGAAAGCAGACAUAAACACAAGCACAAGGAUCGCAGAGAUAGGGAAGGAAGCUUGAAGCGAGACGAUUUGAUGUACAGAGAGCGGAGCCGGCCGGAGCGGGAGAGGGAGCGCGAUCGGGAUCGCGACCGGGAGCGAGACCGGGAUCGGGAGCGAGACCGGGACCGUGACCGAGAGCGGGAACGAGACCGAGACCGGGAGCGGUCGCGCACGCGCCGAGACAGCGGCGGCGUGGGUCCGCCGCGCGUGCGCCCUCCCUACGCGCCGCACGCCCACGCGGAGCACGCCGCGCACGCGGCGCACCCGGCGCACCCCGCGUGGACGCCGCCCGCCUACCCUGGCCCACGCCAGUACCGAGGCGACCGGAACGCUCGCCCACAUGAUAAGAGACGUUUCGGAGGUUACGCGGGCAUGGGCGGGCACACGGCGUACAGCGGGUACUACGAGGGCGCGGCGAUGCCGGGCGGCAUGGGCUUCCCGCCCGUGCGGCCGUACCCCGAGGACUGGCGCGGCUACGCGGCGCAGCCCGACUACCCCUACGACGAGCGCGACUACGAGCGCGAGGUGUACCGGCGCGACUACGACCGCCGCGCGCCCCCCACC